GAAGGGUCUACUGCUUCCUAGAAUUGGGCGGGCGGUGAUUGGAGGGAGCGUCCUCUCCCGUCCAAUGGGAACAGCCAGGUUGUUCCAGCUGUUCGAAACAACUAGAAUCCGGAGAGAGACGGGAGACGGGUAAGCGGUGCACUGUAGCGCUCCUCUAACAGAACCGAACCGGGCUGGGAUCGGUCUGCUGCGGCUCACCCUGGAUGGAAACCCUCCCUGCCGUUAGUGACGCGCUUUUCAGAACCGAAACCCCGUGUGGACGUUUCAAGAUUGCUGCGUCCCGCCCGCCCCUUCGUCAUGUCACUUUCUGUGGUGCCUGCGCUGCUCUGGCUGGCUGCGCUGUGCUCUCUGCUGCCCCCUGCAGUCACAGCUAAGCGCGAGCGCUGCGAGACCUGCCGGCUCCUCACUGACAGCUUCAACAAGGGUAUCCAGAGGACAUCCAAGAAGAAUUUUGGGGGCGGGAACACAGCCUGGGAGGAGGAGAAACUGGCCAAAUAUGAGAGGAGUGAGACUCGGUUAGUGGAGAUCGUGGAGGGCGUGUGUGAGAGCUCUGACUUUGACUGUAACCAGCUGCUGGAGCAGAUAGAGGAGCACAUGGAGACCUGGUGGUUUAAGAGGCAGCAGGAGGCGCCAGACCUCUUCCAGUGGCUCUGCAUCGAAACCAUCCAGGUGUGCUGCCCCCCAGAUACCUUCGGAGCAGACUGUGCAGCCUGUCCCGGUCAGCCUGGUUCUGUGUGUGGGGGUCUGGGUCGCUGUGACGGGGAGGGCACUCGCUCGGGCUCCGGGCAGUGUGUCUGUGACCCCGGUUACCAGGGCAGUCUGUGCCAGGACUGCGCAGACGGGUACUUCAGAGAGGCCAGGGGCAACCAGAGCCAGCUCCAGGGACAACAGGCAGUGUGCACAGCGUGCUUCCACUCGUGUAAGAGGUGCACCGGUCCCGAGGACUACAAGUGUGAGGAGUGCAAGGCAGGCUGGAUCCUGCACGACAAGAAGUGUGUGGACGUUGACGAGUGUGGCUCGGAGCUCGAGCGCUGCCCUAGCAACACGUUCUGCUUCAACACGGACGGUUCCUAUGAAUGCAGAGGCUGUGACAAGGCGUGUGUCGGCUGCAUGGGGGGAGGCCCCAGCCGCUGUAAGAAAUGCUCCAAGGGGUACAAGAUGAUUGGGGCCAAGUGUCUAGAUAUCGAUGAGUGCAGUCUGGGGGGUCUCAGCCCCUGCCCAGGUCUCAAUGAGGAGUGUCUGAACGAGGAGGGGGGGUUCCGCUGCAUCUGCACAGAUGGCUUCGUGCGCAAAGAGAAGAUCUGUGUGGAGAACAGGCCGCCCUCGACCCCCGAGAAGGGUCUGUUUGAGGAGAUCACGGAUGACGAGGUGCUGGUGCUGCAGCAGAUGUUCUUCGGGGUUGUGAUCUGUGCUCUGGCCACGCUGGCGGCCAAGGGGGACAUGGUAUUCACCGCCAUCUUCAUCGGGGGCCUGGCAGCCAUGGCGGGGUACUGGCUGAGCGAGAAGGGGGACAGGCUGCUCGAGGGGUUCUUGAAGGGGCGCUAGAGCGGAGAGACGGGGGGGAUACAGGGGAAAGACACUGCUGAGAUCAGGCUGUUCAAACAAGCGGCAGUCUCGUCCUACAGACAGACCGGCUGACACAGAACAGACACACGGACAUCAAUGCAUUUCGUUUGCAGGAAUGCCCUGCUGCUGUAUCAGACAGACAGACAGACGGACAGACAGUUGGACGGACUGAUAUCUAUGCAUCUUGUUUUCUGGAGUGCCCUGUUGCUGAGGGGAGAGACAGACAGACAAACAGACAGACGAGCUACAAUCAUUGCUCGCAGAAGACUCAAGUAUUGUUCUGAGCAGGUCUGCCUGCUUUUUCCUGGACUCCUUCCAUUCAGUCCCCCCCCCCCCCCCCCAGGAAUACUGGCUGUCGCUGCCUGGGAAUCCCCAGUCUAUCCCUGUUUGUUUUUGUGUGUACAGAGCUCCCUCUUUCUGUCGCUGUCUGACUUUACACAUCAUGAAGCUGUGAUGUAUCGAGGACGGUGAAUCAGUGAAGGACCGUCAUGCAGGAAAAUAUAGGACUUGAACAAUUCACUGUUAGAUUUGGCAAAAUCAUCAAAAUGUAAAAUAGUCUAAAUGCCUGCGUGCAUGUAACCAGUUCUAGAGCAGUUUUUGGAACUUUUGUCAGACAGAUUUUUUUUUUUUGUAUUUAUUUAAGAAAAAUUAUUUCCAGUGUAAGCUGCUUCGGAUGUCAUUUUAAUUGCUGUUUAAUUUAUUUAAAAUCACUUUUUUUUUUUAUUUAUAUUUUUAUUUUUUUUAAUAUUUAUUGCUCCCAAUGUUGAAUGGUCUAAAUCUGCCUUUUACACAGCUUUUAAACUUGCUUUGAGCUUGCCUGGGGAGUCCUAAGAGCCGGGUGCUGAACAUCCUUCCUCAUUCCAUGCAAGUCAUGUGACGUGUGAUUCGGCCGAUGUAUCACCCGGGACUGGCUGUCACAUGACUUGAGUGGAAUGGGGAAGGUUGUCCAGGCAAGCUCAAAGCAGUUAAAAUGAGGAGCUACUUCCUGUCUUUAAGAGCCAGCGAGUCUGAAACACGACUUUCCUGCCUGAACUGAAUACCUGUCCAAGUAAAUCAAUGUAUGUAUAAAAAAACCCAGUGGCAUCGCAAUGCGAGUGUCCUGCGUGUCUCCGCUGACACUGUCAGUUACCUGUUAAAAUAAUGGGUGCGAGUUCAUACAGACUGCAAAGGAUGGGCUGCCAUUCUCACAGAGUCCCACGGAAAUCCACAAUAAGAAGUUAUAUAUGUUAUGAUGUCCAGUCAGCCCUGUCUCUCAUAUCAUUCAUGUAUACAGCUGACCGUGUCUCUUACAUCAGUUUUGUCCAGUUGACCCUAGCUCUCAUAUCAGUUAAUAUGAACAGUCAGCCUUGUUUGUUAUAUAAGUUAAUAGCCUGUUAUUUUUUUUAAGAAUUUUGAUCAGUCGGUAGUACCAUACCGCUGCACGAGACUGCGAAAGACUGGAACGUUGAAAUGUGAUGUUUUGAUUGGCGGAGAGCAGCUCCACAACUAGAGAAUUCAUUACAGGAUAACUACAGCACGCAAGUUAGUUGUUGGGGUGUCUCUCCUGUGUGAAAUACUAUUAAAAUCCUGAUGCAAUUCACAUGGAUUCCUGCGCUCGUUAUUUUAACGAUGUUAAAUGUUAUAUCAAUGCUGUAAGAAUUGCACUGCUUUUAAUUAAUAAAGAAAAACUUAAACAGUU